AUGGGUUUAAAAAAUCUGUUAAACCGAAGAAAGAAGAAAAAAACCGGAAACGAAAACAGCUCCCACAAACAUGAUCAAUCUGAACCCGAACAAGCUGAAUCUAAACCUCCAACAAAAUCAACGUCGGAGCCAACGAGGCACGCAAAGUCAAAGUCAUCCUCGGAUUCACGAAUACGAAUAGAGGAAGAGCUAGAACAAGUUUUCAAGAAAUUCGACGCAAAUGGUGAUGGCAAGAUAUGUGCUUCGGAGCUAGGUUCAAUCAUGGCAAGCCUAGGACAACAACCAACCGAGGAUGAGCUAACGAAUAUGAUAAAAGAAGUGGACGGAGAUGGAGACGGGUUCAUAAAUUUGCACGAAUUUAUUGAACUAAACACGAGAGACAUUGAUUCGACGGAAGUGUUGGAGAAUCUCAAGAAUGCAUUUUCUGUUUUCGAUAUUGAUAAUAAUGGGUUGAUCACGGCCGAAGAGUUGCAAAAUGUGUUGAGAAAACUUGGUGAUACGUGUAGUAUUACUGAAAGCAAGAAAAUGAUAGCCGGUGCUGAUCGUGAUGGUGACGGUAUGAUUAAUUUUGAUGAAUUUAAAGAUAUGAUGAUGAUGGGUUCCAAAUUUGAUUCAAUGGGCUUACAACAAAAACAAGAGAUUUCUAAACAAGAUUAA